AUGGAUUUUGAUGGGAACAGCGAAAAAAGUUUUCUGCCCGAGGAUUUUUCAUCUAAAAUAGGGUCUAAUGACUUAAAUGGUAUGACUUUCGUGGGAUCACAUCUUAUCAUCCCAGAGUCUUUGAUAGACUAUUCGAAUGCGCCAAUAUUGAUAGAAGAAUCAGAAUUCCCGUCUGAACUGCAUGAAGCGUUAUCGCGAGCUCCGAAGUCCUCGAAGCACGUAUUCCGGUUGCCGAAUAGAUGCCCAAGCCAGUGGCACGUUUUGGAAAAUUACAUCAACCAGCAUUGGGUGCUUUGGAGAUUGAGAGGGCCCCCUGCAUCUCCGCCUAAUGAAUUUGCUGGCUUCGAAAUUCGAAAGAUGAGCACAACUCCUUCUUACAUCAGCUAUUCCCAUUGGUUAGAGUAUAAACUUCCCGAUUUUUUGGGUUUGUGGGGUGAAGAACGUCAUUUGCAAACAAAGGAAAGCUCUGAACUGAUGGGGGAAGUUCGAAUGAGACCAAGGAGAAACGGCAAGGCGAUCAAAUAUAGGUACCACAAGGAUAAAAACUCUCCACUCCUUGAUCCGGGAAAUUACCUCCGGAGGAAAUAUUACGAGGCUCUAUUUUCGCCAAGGGUACCUUUGGCCUAUUUUGUGAAAUCAAACUUAGUGCGAACAAAUCUUUUGAGCCAAGGUUCAGGCCACAAGGAUGGCGUGUCUUAUCAAAUGCACCUCGCAGAACUAGCAUUGGAAAUUGAAGAGUUCGAUCGAAGACAGGAAGAAGGUUUACUGCAAGUUGAUUUUGCUUGCGGAAUAGCCUCUGAAGUUCGCAGCAACAGUUUGGACAAACUUGGGCAUUUAAUAACGUCGGGGGUAUCCGAUGUGAUAACAGAUUUGGUUUUGAUUUUCAAGGUACGCGAGAUCAAAUUGCAAAUCGUUCUCUUACUGGAGCUGAUCUCACUCAGUGGAUUAGAUUCCGGACUAGACCAUUUUGAGCAAAAGUAUGAGCGAAGACUGAAAACAAGAAUCAAGAAACUUGCAGCAUCACGAAUACCUUCUCGUCGACGGACACGUAAGAAACUCGCAAUGCAUACCAAUACCCAGCAGCUUGACUAUUGCGAAAAGCUCGAUGUGUUUGUGGAUAAAUUAUGCAUCGUGGAGGCUAUGUUGUUGACGGACGCUUCUAUUCAAAAGAACUCUCCCAAAAAAAGUGAGGGAGAUGCCCUUAGCUCGACUCGAGAAUUGAAAAAGAAUUUACUAGAUCCGGAGAAAGAGGAUUCUGUGGCCGGAUUGAUAACCUACGUGUUAAUACCAUACUUCAUGAAGAAAGUUCCACAUGCUGUCGCGUUUAUUUCACGAAAAAUAAAAGGGCCGCAAUUCGAAGCUUUACCAAAGAAUGAUAAAAGUCAGGUCAAAAGUGGUGCUUCUAAAUUCAAGUCAAGUGAGCAGGUACAGGUGCUCGAUUCUAGUGAAGAAUUUUCCGACUCUUCAGUUUAUGACAAAGAGAAGUCAAGACAGUCUUCGAAACUUUACAAAAGGGUGUCUUUGCCUCGUCGCGUCCCUCUCCCAAAUCUUCGAAGCGAUUCACAACUGAGUGAGAUUCUUGACAUGGAGACGGGUAAUGCUAAGAAGUAUGCUUCUGCAACACGAGGAAGCUCUGAUGUCUUUAUUCAUAAGCUGCAGAAACGUCAGCUGCCAGCCAGUGACUUAGUGCUAGAAAGUGAUCUUGGCGUCAACCGAAGUAAGUCGGACUUAGCGCUGCUUGACGAAACGUCGAGGCUGAAAGGCACUUCUUUGACGACCACUUUUCAAAGAACAACAAGACGUAAAGUGGAACCGCGUAGGCUAGUACCAAGCUCUCAUAAGGUUCCCAGCGUCCAAGUCGAAGCAACUCCUUUUGGAAAGAAGGCAACCGAUCCCACCGCUCGAACGUCGAACCCUGCUAUCAUUGAGUCACCGCUGCGUUCUAUUGCGACUGCCUCUUCAGAGAUAGUUUUGGUUUCAAGGAGAAUUUGCCCGGUUGUUACGCCUUCAAAAUCUGUCUCAGAAAGUCAUUUACAAGUGCCAUCAACAAACGUAAAAUCGUUAACUCGAGGGGCAGAAGACCAUGGAUUUUCACAGCCUCCUGUAAAAAGAAAAGUACGUAGACGUUUAUUUGCUCCCGAUUAA